CCGAGCGGGGCCGAGGCCCAGGGAGGGCGAGGCGGAGGGAGAGCACCCCGCGCCCCGCGGCCGCCACCGCCGCCGCCCCCGACCCCACAUCUGCAAGGAUCCCCGCUCGAAGGUGGCUGCAGAGGCGAGAGCAACGAGUGCCGCCGCUGCCGCCGCCGCCCGGGGGGGCCGGGCCCAGGCCGAGGCGGCCGCCGCCGGGGAGCAGAGCGCUCCCUCCGGCCGCCAAAGUUUUCAUGAUGACCAUGACUACGAUGGCUGAUGGCUUGGACGCCCAGGACUCGUCCAAAUCGGCCUUCAUGGAGUUCGGGCAGCAGCAGCAGCAGCAGCCCCAGCCGCCGCAGGCGCCCCCGCAGGCGCCCCCGCCGCCGCAGCCACAGCCCCCGCCGCCACCGCCGCCGCCGCCGCCGGUGCCCGGGCAGCCGCACUCGGCGGCGCAGCAGCCGCCGAACUCGCCGGCCAUGGCGGGCGCCCACUACCCGCUGCACUGCUUGCAUUCCGCGGCCGCGGCGGCGGCGGCGGCGGCAGCGGCCGCGGGCUCCCACCACCACCAUCACCACCACCACCACCACCAGCACCACGGCGCGCCCUACUCGUCCGGGGCCGGCGGCGGCGGCGGGGGUGGCGGGGGCGGCGGGGGCGCCUACAGCCACCGCUCCCUGGCCGCCGCCUACCCCUACAUGAGCCACUCGCAGCACAGCCCUUACCUCCAGGCCUAUCACAACAGCGGCUCGGCCGGCCCGACGCGGCCCGACGACCCAGAUCAACAGAAAACCACGGUCAUUGAAAACGGGGAGAUUCGCUUCAAUGGCAAAGGGAAGAAGAUUCGGAAACCUCGGACCAUUUACUCGAGUCUGCAGCUGCAAGCUCUGAAUCAUCGCUUCCAGCAGACCCAGUACCUAGCGCUGCCCGAGCGAGCAGAGCUCGCCGCUUCCCUGGGCCUGACUCAAACCCAGGUGAAGAUCUGGUUUCAGAACAAGCGCUCCAAGUUCAAGAAGCUGCUAAAACAGGGGAGCAAUCCGCACGAGAGCGAGCCGCUGGCGGGUUCGGCCGCUCUGUCUCCGCGUUCGCCCGCCCUGCCUCCCGUGUGGGACGUUUCCGCUUCAGCCAAGGGAGUCAAUAUGCCCCCCAGCAGCUACAUGCCGGGCUACUCUCCCUGGUAUUCCUCUCCACACCAAGACACAAUGCAGAGACCGCAGAUGAUGUGACCCCGCGGCGCCUGCCUUGAGCUGGCAAAGGAGCCUCCCUCUCCAGGGCUGGGGAGCCCUCGGCCCUGGGUCCCCCAAACCGAGCGGGACCGGCAAGCGGGGCCAGGCGGGGACCAGAAUACCGGUUGGGCUUUUCUGCUUUGCUUUUCUCCCUCCCCUCUCAUCCCCUCCCGUGUCCCCCACGGAGCAGCCUCGCUGAAGGGGCUGGAGACUUGGGGAGAGCUCUGGCUCUCCACACUUCUCCCUGAGGAUUCUCAGUCCCCGGGAACUCCCACGCGAUCAGUCUCGCAGCCUCUUGCGGCAGCCCGACGGGGGCCUGCCGGCAGAGACUUGUUUCGGACUUUCUAGGCCAUUGGGGAAAGAGCCUUUCGGGAACACGCCCAGGCUUUUACUGGUUUAGAAGCCGACCCCAGAUGAAUGAGGAGAAAAAAGCUGCUUACACUCCUCCUGCGGGUGGAUUUUGCCAAUCCCGGACAGGCGACAACAGUUUCCCCCUCCCCGUCCUCCUCCCCCUAUUCCUGCCUGGAGGGAGAUGCUCUGAGCCUGUCUGUCCCAUUGGAGGGGUCCGUGAGGGGGAGCUGCAUGUUGUGCUCCAAGUGGACUGAGCAGGAAGACGGACAUCCAGAGCCUGCAGUCCAUCCCCAGCCCUUACCUCCCUGGUCCCCGUGCCCUGCCCCGCAUUCCAAGGCCUGAACUCGGCAGGAACGACCGAGGGCAGUGCACCGACACCCCUUGCCUCCCCAUGACUUGGCAAGGCUCAGGCAGUGAAGUGGCUGCCGGAGACCCCGGUUCACGGAGCAGCUUGUUGGGACGCUUCGAACGAGAAACUUUCUGUAUAUAUUGUUGAAUUUUAGCUGUACAGACACUUUGUAUGUUUUUGUCUUCUUUCAUAUAUGGAG